AUGGGGGGCCCGGAGGCUGCAGAGACAUGGACACACCCCACGUCCAACACAUCUCUGUCCGUCAUGGCCAAGUGCACGCUGCUGCUGCUGGCAGUGUGGGUGCUGGCUGGGGAGCUGGGGCUGGGGGCCGAGGCCCGGGCAGCACCCUAUGGAGUGAAGCUUUGUGGCCGCGAAUUCAUCCGAGCAGUCGUCUUCACCUGCGGGAGCUCCCGGUGGAGACGGUCGGACAUCCUGGUCCAGGAAGCUAUGGGGGAUGGCUUCCCAGAUGCAGACACUGAUGUGGACAACCUGGCAGAUGAGCUGGAUGAGGCUGUGGGCUCCAGCGAGUGGCUGGCCCUGACCAAGUCCCCCCAGGGCUUUUACAGGGGCCGACCCAGAUGGCAGGGAACCUCUGGAGCUCUUCGGGGAAGCCGAGAUGUCUUGGCUGGACUUUCCAGCAACUGCUGCAAGUGGGGGUGCAGCAAAAGUGAAAUCAGCAGCCUCUGCUAGUCCAGGAGCUGGGUAGCUGUGGGCACCAGGGUCAACACCCAGCCUUGCUAUUCACUCAGCCAGUGUCCAUCUGGGCACCUGUCUUUCCACCCUCGCACAUUCAUUCAUCUGCAAGUCACAGAGGCCAGGUGCUGUGGGCUCAGGCACACCCCCAACCCCACUAUCCAACCCUGAUUUUGGACCAGCCUAUCCUGACCCUGUGCCCUGAGCAAAAUGUGUCCCUACCUGGCUAAAUAGGGACCCCUGAUCCUGACUCCUGACCUCUUCCCAGCGCAAACCAUGCCUUUGCCUGGCCUACCCAGUCCACUGCUACAACUGGGUUCCUACUUUACCCAACCUGGCCACACUGAGACCUCUGUCCCUGUCCAGCCCAAUCUAUGGCUCUCCCCUGCCCAAACUGUGGCUGCUGUCCCCUGGUCAGCCUUCGCUUACUCUUUGUUCCCUGUCUUCCAGUCCCUCUUUCUCCAAUUCCCUCUGCCAGAGCUCUA